AUGCUAUCCCAUCAGGUCUGCAAGCUGAUGCAACCCCCUCAGCAAAUUGAAAAUAGGGUUGAGAACCUGAAUCGGGGAAAGCGGCCAGCCCCAGAUGACCCGGAUGUGCAGCAGACUGUUAAGUCAUCAAGGACCAACUCGUACGGCUGUGUGAACUGGCAGCCCAGUCCGAGUGCCAAGAUCACGGAGGAUAUACGCCAGAAGUUGGAGUUCCUAAAGCAAGAGGGCAAAAAAACAACCAGAGAUAUCAACUUCCCUGUGGCUACACGAUUUAUGAGCGACACGUACUGCCAACAACGGGAGUUCCUUAACUCUGUGCCUCCCAAGCACACUGCAGUUGCCAAGGAGGAGUGGCCAAUGCUCUUCAAGAGGCCCUUUUUUUAUGCUCAUGCCAACCGGCUUCUUGGAAAAAAUGUCAAAGACACAUUUGAAGAGAAUGUCAGGAUUAUUGGGCCUUCCCUUGUUCGCCAUCUUGAAACUGUCAACAAAAGAGAUGUGAUACAUAUCCUUUUGGGUGUUGAGAAGCAGGAGAAAAAGGGCAACAAUAAAGCCAGUGAAGCUGCCCUCCUUCCCCUUUUGGCAGCUUUCUUCAAGGAAGAUGCAGGGCUGCUUUACAGGGUUAUCCCGGAAGGUACAACUUUAUCUGAUGUGCUUCUGGAGCUGCCUUCCACCCCCGUUAUCGUUGCUAUCGGAAGCUUACACGAUAAGUGCCAUGUUAUAUGCGAACAAGAGCAAAUGUUCUCUGAGGCCAUAGGCUUUUCUGAAGCUGCCUGCCUGUGCUUCCUGUCAUACUACGUCUUCAACAUGGCCUACCCUGAUGCAGCUGCCACAUCUCUUGAAUUCUUGCAAAUGUAA